GAGUGAUUCAGCACUUCGGUGUUGAACAGCUUCACAGAAAGUCAUUGUUUUUCCGGGCGCUGCUGCUCUGCUGUGCAGCGUUGCUACUCAGACAAUCGGGGAUAGCUUCGGUGGAAGGAGUUGCCUCUAUUCUCUGCCAGCCUUAUAGCCUCAUUUACUGGCAAGCCGAAUUCGGUAGAUUUUUUUUCCUCAUGCAUUUGUUUGAAACCGUCAAGCGUAUCGAAAUGAACCGUUUUAUUUUGCCCACGGUUAUGUACAGUCUUUUGGUUGUGGUACCUUCGCUGGGCCACCCUUUGGCUGUCGCCUCCCCGGUUCAGCCUUGUCUUGCUCCCCUGCAAUGGGAAGGCAGAUCGGUGGAGUAUGAUCACAAUUCAGGGCGGAACACAAGGGCCAUGGUGUCGUAUGAUGGACAGAACCAGCGAAUUAGGGUCUUGGAGGAGAAGAAAGGACAUGUACCAUGUAAGAAGUUCUUUGAAUACAUCUAUCUUUACAAGGCUGCUACGCUGUUCCAGAUUGAGCAGGCUACCAAGUUGUGCGCUAAGAUUCCUCUGACUCAAGCCUGGGACCCCUACGAUAUUCCAGACAACUCCACUUACGAGGACCAAUACUUCAUCGGCGGUCCGGGUGACAUGAUUGAGGUUCAAGAAUGGUCAGACAGGAAACCAGCCCGCAAAUUCGAAGCCUGGGUUGGUGUUUACACGGUCAAGGACUGUUACCCAGUGCAGGAGACCUACACCAGGAACUACAGCGUGACCACCUCCACCCGCUUCUUUGAUCUGCAGCUUGGCAUCAGUGACCCGGUUGUGUUCACUCCACCCAGCACCUGCCAGUCCGCCAGUCCAGUGAGGAUGAGCCAGGGCUGCUGAUUCCCUGGCACAGCCUCUGGUACCUGCAUCAUCUCUCACACCCACAAACACCUAAAUGCAUAAAUAAAAACAGCUAGGUGCUGAAGGAAGGCCCACUUAAUUACUAUUGGGAGUACUAUACUAGCACAUAGGAUACUAAUAAACCCAAUGUAUUAGAUUUACAAGUUAGUAGGAAAAAGUGAAAUGGUUUAAAAAUAUGCCGGGGCUGAGUUCUCGAUCUCGAACUCGAUGAGUUCUUGAACCCGGUUAUAGAAUAUUAUAGGAAUUAUUUACAAGCUUGAGUCAAAACUGGAGAUGCUGUGCAUUCGCACAAUUUGUAUAUUAUUGGAAAAUUAACACAAAAAAAUAUUUUUUCCCUGAUGAAGAAUUGCAUUUUAUUAUUAUUAUUUUUUUCCCUGAUAUAUUUGUUGAUCAGCCAGGUAAGCGAUCCAAUGUAUGGGAGUUUCUUCCAUCUAUCUUCUAAAAUGUAACUACUGUAACUACAUUUUGAAUUAGUUUGUCUUUCACUAUCUGUGUUUGAGUCCUUGUUUCAAUAAUUUCAGGAAUUGCUUGUUUUCAGGACUUUACCUAGACCCACAGCCAAAAACCGAGAUAUAGUGACACUGACAAAAAAAAUCCUUUAAAAAACAACUUCUGUGACCUUAAUUUACCACAUGGCCUAUGGCCUAUAUGUGUGAUUGUAUUGUUCUGAGGUGAUUUUAGUCUAGGCUUAUUAUAGAACUUUUAAGUUAACAACAUGUUCACAAACAGCUGAAAUCACUAAAUGUUGCACUGUUUUUAUACAUUAAUUUAAUACUCCCAUUUUAAUUUAAAACUAAAUGGAGAUGUCUUCAUUUAUUUUAAGCUUAUUAGGUAGGAUUUGUUUUGUUGUAGUUUCCAUUGCAACUGUCAUUGAUAUAAAUAUUUACCUUAAUUUGUAAUAUGUAAUAAUAUUUCAUAGUUUUUGUAUUUUGCACAGAACAUGGUGAAGAUGGGUAUUGAGAGGAUGUCAAUAUUGUAGCACACAAUAUGAUGUGAUAAAUUCAAUUAAAUAAAAUACAGUAUUUGCCAGGUUA